CCCCAAACUAUGGAUUUCUUGGCGGCGCUUUGGCUGGCUGGGCUUGCCUUGGGGUUGCCCUGCCUUCAGGCAGAAGGUGCAUGCGUCUAUAGAGGCUCAUCUUUUGAGAACAACACAGUUUGGGAGUCAGACUCAUGUCAAGAGUGCCGUUGUCAUGGUAAUAUUGUCCUAUGCGAAGCCAUCGUUUGCCCAAACCCACAUUGCAACUUCCAGAAGGGAGAAGUCCUCCAAAUAUCCCCCAAUGCUUGCUGCCCUAGUUGUGUUUCCACAACAGCGGGAUUUUGUGAACACGAGGGACAAAUCCAUGAACAUGGCACAGAAUGGACGGGUUCUGGAUGUACAUCCUGCUCAUGUGCAAACGGGGAGUUUUUUUGCACCUCCAAACCUUGCCCUGAUGUUUCUUGUGAGAGAAAUGAAGUUAGGUUCAUCAGUCAAGAAGACUGCUGCCCACAAUGUCUUAGCAUUGGAGAGACCUGCUCUUUCGAUGGCCAAGUUUUCCGGGAUGGUGAGGAAUGGCGAUCCGGCCGCUGUGCCAAAUGUAUUUGUCAGAAUGGGACCAUGGAGUGCUUUACAGCGCUUUGUCAUCCUGUGUCGUGUAAUGAGGGAGAAAGUGUGGUUGUACCAGCUGGAAAAUGCUGCCCGGAAUGUACUCAGAAACCUUGCUCCGUAUCUGGGAGAGCAUAUAAGCAUGAUGACCAGUGGAAGGAAGAUGUCUGCACGACCUGUACAUGUGACAAAGGCGAGACAAGGUGCUUGAGUGAAACCUGUGCUCCACUGAUGUGUCAAAAGGAGAACAAAGUGCGGCAUCCUGGGAAAUGUUGUGAGGAGUGUGUACCUUCCAAAGUGAGCUGUAUUCACAAUGGCACCGUCAGGUAUCACAAUGAGAUGUGGAGUACUUCACACUGCGAGUUCUGUAUGUGUGAUGGAGGCCAAGUCGAUUGCUGGAAAGCAGUGUGUGUUCAAGUUAGCUGUUCCUUGGAUGAAGAAUUGGUUCAUUUAGAAGGCAAGUGCUGUCCUGAAUGCAUUUCAAGAAGUGGGCCCUGUGUUUACAAAGAACAUACCAAAGAUAGUGGUGAAAAGUGGAAGGAAGGCCUGUGCCAUGAAUGUGAAUGCCGGGACUCCGAAGUGCUUUGCUACACUCAGUCUUGCCCAACGUGUCCCCCAGGCAGCGUGGCUGUAGCCGUGCCAGGAGAAUGCUGCCCUCGGUGCAAACCAGGUCAGUGCCAGGAAGAUUGCUUGACCUGCUCCCAGUCUUUUGAUCACUGUGACACCUGCCGUGAUGCAAUGAAAAAGCUGCAGAAUGGGCGCUGUGUAGCCAGUUGUGGAUCAGGAUUUUAUGAGGAUGCCAAUCUUUGCUUAGCUUGCAAGGAAACAUGCUCAACUUGCCACAAUGGGUUUGUGUGUGAUUCAUGCCAAGGUUCACUGCUUUUGAAGGAGGGACAGUGUGUGGCUUCCUGUGGGGAAGGGUACUUCCAAGACACCCUUCAAUGUACAGCUUGCCAGAAGUCUUGUGCCACUUGCUGGGGCCCAUCAGCAAACAACUGUUACUCUUGCAAAGACCCAUCUCAUGUAAUGUUGGAAGGUCUCUGUGUUGCUAGUUGUGGGCAGGGCUUCUACCUCAACGAUGGCAUUUGCAAAGCUUGUAAUGAGACUUGUGAAACAUGCUACCCAGAUCAGCCCAGAUGUAUAUCCUGUGCUUCAGGCAGACUGUUGCAUAGGGGGAACUGUGUGCUGGAAUGUCCUGUUGGAUACUAUGCAGAUAAUUCCCGGAAAUGCAGAGUUUGCCAUGAUUCCUGCACCAGCUGCACUGGGCCUCUGUCCAGCCAAUGCACUUCUUGUUCCUUCCCUCUUGCCUUACAUCUGGGUCAAUGUCUUUCUGUUUGUGGAGAGGGCUUUUAUCAAGAUCACAACAUCUGCAAAGGAUGCCAUUCAUCUUGCCGCAAAUGUGUUGGCCCAGAAUAUCUGCAUUGUACACAGUGCAUGAAACCAGAGGAAGCUCUGCAGCAAGAAAUGAAUGUUGAGGGAUUAUCAGUUGGUAUCUGCCAACCACAGUGCAAAGCCCAGUUCUACCUUGAUUAUUAUGGGGUGUGCAAAGAGUGCCACUCCUCCUGCCUGUCCUGUAUGGAAAAGUCCCCAAAGAACUGCACGGCAUGUGCUCCUCCUCAAGUCCUCCAUGAAGGCCAAUGUGUUUCUGAGUGUCGAGAAGGAAUGUAUCACCAGGAGGAGCAAUGUCACUUGUGCCAUCCCUCUUGCAAGACAUGUACCGGGCCUUCAGAUGUUGAAUGUGCAGCCUGCCAGCCCUAUGCCACUUUUGCCAAUGGAAGAUGUAGAACUCCCUGCAAGGAAAAACAAUAUCUUAAUCUGGUGGGAUACUGUGUUGAUUGUCACCCCCUGUGUGAUCAGUGUGUUGCAGAUCUCCAGGACACGGGAAGUACCUGCUUAAAGUGCCAAAAUCCCCAUCACUCUCUCCUGAAAGAUCUCUGUGUACCAGAAUGUCCUGCAGGAUACUACAUGGUUGACGGAGCAUGUCAAAGGUGUCAUCCUUCAUGUAAGACGUGUUUGGGAGGAGGCCCUCUCUCCUGCACCUCCUGCGCCUCCAGCCUCGUCCUUUCUCACAUUGGAACCUGCAUCUUGGCUUGUUUCCUUGGGUUCUACAGGGAUGAGAACGGGCAUUGCCAACCUUGCAGUGAUCCGUGCCUGAGCUGUGAUUCAGCAACCAGUUGUACAUCCUGCCGAGACCCCUCAAAAGUCUUGCUCUUUGGGGAGUGCCAAUACGAGACCUGUGCUCCACAGUACUAUCUCGACUUCUCCACCAAGACCUGCAAAGAGUGCGACUGGAGCUGCAAUGCCUGCAACGGACCCCAGAGUGACGACUGCCUGCAGUGCAUGGAGGGGUAUGUGCUCCACGAUGGCGCUUGCUUGGAACACUGCCCACCAUCUUUUUACAGUGGAUCUGAAAUGUGCCAGAGAUGUGAUGAUGACCGUUGUCUCCAGUGUCAUGGCACCAGCAAGUGCACCCACUGCAAUGCCCCAUUCUUCCUCUUGGGAUCACAGUGCGUCUCCACGUGUGGGAAGCAAUAUUAUGCCGACUAUAGAGAACAAAAAUGCUCAGCUUGCCCAGAGGGAUGCUUGGAAUGCGAUCAGUCAGGCCGGUGCCACAUUUGUGAUGCUACAACUUUUCUUCAAGGAGAUCAGUGUGUGUCCCAUUGCAAUUAUGGCUUCUAUGGCAAUCCUCAGAGCAGGGAAUGUGAAACUGUCAUGCACUCUCUGCUUCUCAGGACGAACAGCUCCCUCAGAGUUGGAAUUGGUGGUGCGAAGCCAUUCGAUGUCUCCUUUCUGGGAUUGCAGGACCCUGGUGGCUAUGGUGAAGACCUGUUAUUUCAUGUGGUGGACUCUCCUACCAAUGGCAGGCUAGUGACUUUGAUUGAUGGGAAGGAGAGUCUGCUGAACCAGGGUGAUUAUUUCACUGAAGAGGAUGUGAAAAGGCAUAGAGUUUUCUUUGUUCAUGAUAAGAAGAAAUCCAGGAAUGGACAAUUUUCUCUAAAGAUCAGCUAUCAACAAUUCUUCUCUGAACCAGAAACAUUCACAGUUCAAGCCCAAUCGAAACAGCCUCCCUAUGUGCUGCGGAACGAGGUCCUUUCUCUUGGCAAAGGGGAAGGUAGAGCCAUAACCAAGCUCUUGCUCGAUAUUCGAGAUGAUGAUAACCCCCAGGAUGUGACGGUGGCCAUUUUAGAUCCUCCGCAUCAUGGGCGGAUAGCCAAGCUUUCUGGGGAGACGCCAUCAGUGAUGCAUACUUUCCAACUGAGUGACCUUGCUGAAGGCCUAGUGCAUUACAUCCAUGAUGGAUCCAACAGUUUAGAAGACAUGGUUCUCCUCCAAGCCAGCGAUGGUUACUACUUUCAGAAUAUACUCUUCCACAUCAAGAUUGUUCCAGAGUCCCCUUUGAAGUCCAGUGAGGUCCCUCGGUUGGUUGCCAGCCCCAUGGUGUGGGUCCCAGAGGGAGGGAUGCUACAGAUCACCAACAGGAUUCUGCAAGCUGAGAUGCCUGGAGUCAGCGAUUCUGCAAUUGUCUAUACUAUUCGAGAUCAGCCACGCUAUGGUGAAGUGGUUUUUCUGGUCCCCAUGCCUGCAGAUGACCCUGGGUUAGGAUGGCAGCCUUUACCUGAUGGCAGAGCAGCUUCUCCAACUACUACUUUCACUCAGCAGGACAUCAACCAAGGCGUCAUAUGGUAUAGGCAUUCUGGGUCUGAGACAGAGAGUGACUCCUUCCGCUUCCAGGUAUCAAGCACAUCCUCUCCAGAAGCCCAUCUGGACACCCACCUGCUCAACAUUGCCAUCCUACCACACUCUCCAGAUUCACCUCUGCUCUCCCUUGGGUCUUCUUUCCACAUGACUGCUCUAGAAGAUCGUUUGACCCCUAUAGAGCCACAUCAUCUUACCUUUGUUGACUCAGAGAGUCCGAGUGGGAAAAUUGUGUACAAUGUGACUGUCCCUUUGCCACCAAAUCAAGGUAUUGUCGAACACAGGGACAAGCCCCUCUCUCCAGUAAAGUAUUUUACACAGGAUGAUGUCAAUCAUGGUAAAAUCGUGUACCGUCCGCCUAAAGCUGCCUCACAUAUCAGAGAGAUGAGGGAGUUCUCCUUUGCUGGUCUUCCUGAAUCUGUUAGCUUUCGUUUUACAGUGUCCGAUGGAGACCGUACAAGUCCUGAAAUGGUAUUUACCAUCCACCUGCUUUCCUCUGAUGGGCAGCCUCCAUUCUUACAGAUCAUGGCUCCAGUCCUUGAAGUCAGUCAAGGAGGGAGAGCCACCAUUGGGAUACAGCUGACCAUAGGUGAUGUUGACACAGUUCCCGAAGACCUCUUCUUUGAGGUGGUGGAACCUCCUCAUCAUGGAGCUCUCCUCAAGCACAGUUCUGGAUUUCCUAACCACCUGAGUGCAGGAGAUAUUUUCACCUAUGAGGAUGUCACCAGGAAUACUUUGCAGUAUAUCCAUGAUGGGUCUUCCUCAGCAGAAGAUACAAUGGAGAUAUCAGUAUCUGAUGGAGUCACCACAGCGGCAACCAGGCUGAAAGUGGAAGUGAGGCCCAUGGAGAGUGAAGGUCCGAGAUUGGAUCCUACCUGCUCAAUGGCCAUCACAAUGGCCGGCAAAAGCUCUGUGAUCAUCACCCGAGCUCAUUUUGCGUAUACUGAUAACAAUUCCCCUGAUUCCCAGAUAAGGAUUCAGUUAAUUUCUCUUCCAAUAUAUGGCACUCUUAUAUGGGUUAUCCCUGGAAGACGAUCUGAGGAGUUUUCUGAGGUCUACAACUUCACAAUGGAGGACAUCAAUCAUCAAAGAAUCAGAUACUUCACAGAGUUUGAGACCAUCGAUCAGCCUGUCACAGACGUUUUCCACUUUGCUGUUUUUGAUGCUGAUGACAACCAGCUUGACAGUCAAAUGUUUACCAUCACAAUUAUGGCUGUCCAAAGGAAGCCUCCGACCAUCACUUUUGCCAACCACAUCACGGUGGACGAAGGAGGGCGGGUACCACUUACCAUUCACCAUAGUCGAGCCAUUGAAUCCGAUAUUGAGCAAGAAGAUCUAGUGGUGAAAAUCGUGACUUUCCCCAAAUACGGAUAUAUUGAAAAUACCAAGACAGGUAUACGACUCAGCUCUGGUGGUAGCAUGAGCUCGGAUAUUUCAUUCUCUCUCCAAGAUGUGCUGAAGAACUAUAUUUAUUACUUUCAAAGUGUCCAUGAAAGUAUUGAACCAUCAAUGGACACGUUUAGCUUCUAUGUCAGCAAUGGCUUCAGCCAAUCAGGAACUAGCAGUGUCAACAUCACUAUUAAGCGCCUGAAUGAUGAGCCCCCUGAAAUGCAGUUGGAGCCCAUCAAAGUCCAGGAAAGCAAAGGGGCAGUGAUUAGAAAUUCCUCCUUGAGGGUGAAGGACUUGGACACUCCUGGUAACCAGCUGAUCUUCUUAAUAACCAAGAAACCCAGUCAUGGUUUUCUCCGCAAGAGACAGUCUUCCUUGAAUCCCUUGGGGAAUGGAGAAAUUCUCUCUGAGGGUUCAACCUUCACAUAUCAGAAUGUCUUAGACGAACUGAUAGUUUACACACCAGAUAAUUACAGAGUUCAAUCGGAUGAGUUCGGAUUUUCACUUUCUGAUGGGCGUUACACACAAACUGGGAAAGUGGAGUUUUCAGCAGCAUUGCCAAGGACAAAACCACCCAGAUUGGUUGUGAACAGGGGCCUGCAACUUCCUGCUGGCUCUGUAGCUGUUAUUACCGACCAGCACCUGAAAGCCACAGAUUCUGACUCAGAUGACUUGACGAUCAGAUACGUCAUGAAAAAGGAUCCCAUUCUUGGUGUUCUGCACAUGCAUAAAAGGGAUUCCCAGGUUCAGAUCUCUGUCAAGGGGCCAGUCAUAAGUUUCUCACAGGCUGAUAUAAAUAAAGGAAUGAUUGAGUACAGCCACCAAAAGGGGCAACAUGGUGGGACAGUUGCUUUCAUUUUUGAUCUAUCAGAUGCCGAAGGAAAUAAAGUGGUGGACCAGGCAUUUCCAAUCAGCAUAAUAGAGGAUCGGCUCCCUCCAUCUGUCACUGUCAACACUGGACUGACCCUGGAUGAAAACUCAGUCAAGAAGAUCACUACCCUUGAGUUGUCAGCCACGGAUCAAGACAGCGAGCCAAGUGAUCUGGUGUACAGGAUCACCAAACAGCCCCAACUGGGACACCUGGAGCACACAGCAUCCCCAGGCAGGAGGAUAAGCUCUUUCAGACAAGCAGACCUGGUCUCCCGCAGCAUUCAUUACAUCCACACCAGUGAAGCUGAGAAACACUCUGAUGCAUUCAUCUUCUCUGUUUCUGAUGGCACGCAUGAGGUGAGUCAGAAUUUUGACAUCACCAUUAACUCGAUAGAUGACUCCUUACCUGUGGUGCUGAUCCCUGGGAUGAAAGUUCAAGAAGGAGUGAGGAAAACCAUCACUGAAUUUGAGCUUAAAGCCACAGACGCUGACACAGAGGCCAAAUCUCUCACCUUCACCAUUGUACAACCUCCUCGUCAUGGUUUGAUUGAACGUACCACUGAUGGACACCGUUAUCACCAAAUUAAUGCCUUCACAAUGGAGGACAUCUUCCAGAACCGAAUCAGUUAUAGUCAUGAUGGAAGCAAUUCCUUAGAGGAUCGCUUUACCUUCACUGUGUCUGAUGGAACAAAUCCCUUUUUUGUUGUGGAAGAAGAUGGUAAAGAGAUUGUGACUGCUGUGCCCCAGUGGUUCAGGGUGGAAAUUCUUCCUGUGGAUGAUGGGACUCCAAGAAUUGUCACAAACUUGGGACUCCAAUGGUUGGAGUACAUGGAUGGCAAGCCAAAAAAUCUGAUCACUAAGAAGGAGCUGUUGACUAUGGAUCCUGAUACAGAUGACAAACAUUUGGUCUAUGAGAUAACCAUGAAACCAAAACAAGGCUAUGUGGAAAAGAAGUUGAAGCCAGGAGUUCCAGUGAUUACAUUUACCCAAGAGGAUGUGAAUUUGGGAUUAAUCCAGUAUGUGUUACAUGAGGAGAGAAUGCAAGAGACAGAAGACAGUUUUCAGUUUCUGGUAAAGGACAGCAAACCGAACAUUGUCACUGAUAAUACCUUCCAUAUCCAAUGGUCUCUUAUCAGCUUUCAGCACAUGAGCUACAAUGUCAGUGAGAAGGCUGGCUCCAUUAGUGUCACAGUGAAGAGGACAGGUAACCUCAAACAAUAUGCAAUUGUUCUGUGUCGCACAGAGCAGGGAACUGCCACCUCCGGUUCAAGUCUUCAGCCAGGAGACCAGGACUAUGUUGAGUAUGCAGGCCAGGUACAGUUUGAUGAACGUGAAGACACAAAAUCCUGUAGCAUCAUUAUCAAUGAUGACAAUGUCUUUGAGAACACUGAGAGCUUCACUGUGGAACUUACUAUGCCAGCCUAUGCCUUGUUGGGGAGCAUCACUGAGGCCAAAGUCUUCAUCGAUGAUGAGGAAGAUGAGCCUACUCUUCAGUUUGAUAAGAAGGUCUACCAUAUCAGUGAGAGUGCCGGCAUCUUGGCUGCCCCCAUUGAAAGAAAAGGUGACGCUAGCAGUAUUGUGUCUGCAAUUUGCUACACCGUCCCCAAGAGUGCUAAAGGCAGCAGCAUGUAUACGCUGGAGUCUGGUUCAGACUUUAAGUCAAGGGCAAUGUCCAACAAGAACCGUAUUGUCCUUGGGCCGGGUGUCACGAUGACCACCUGUGAUGUGCAGCUGAUUGAUGACAGUGAGUACGAAGAGGAGGAAGAAUUUGAAAUUGCGCUUGCAGAUGCAUCAGAAAAUGCACAGAUCGGAAGCAUCGCUUCAGCCAAGGUUAUGAUCAGCGGGCCCAAUGAUGCCUCAACAGUGUCCCUUGGAACAGCUACUUAUACUGUCAGUGAAGAUGCAGGGAUUAUUGAAAUCCCAGUUAUUCGACAUGGAUCUGAUCUUUCAACCCCUACCUCAGUGUGGUGUGCCACUCGGACAUCUGAGCCACCAUCGGCUACACCAGGGAUUGACUAUAUUCCAAGCUCCAAGAAAGUGGAGUUUCGCCCAGGGAGGAUUGAAGAGUACUGCACCUUGACAAUCUUGGAUGAUGCACAGUACCCAGUGAUAGAAGGAGUAGAGACAUUUGUUGUCUACUUGAGCUCACCACAAGGAGCUGAACUGGCCAAGCCUUUUCAUGCAGUAGUGGCUAUUAAUGACACCUUUCAAGAUGUGCCAAACAUGAAAUUUAGCAAAGAUUUGUAUCCUGUGAAAGAGAAGGAUGGGAUCCUGCAUGUUCCUAUUAUCCGUACUGGAGACUUGAGCUAUGAGUCCUCUGUAAGAUGUUAUACUCAGGGUCAGACUGCAAGAGUCAUGGAGGACUUUGAGGAAAGGAAGAAUACUGAAGACUCUCGUGUCACUUUUUUGAGAGGGGAAAAAGUGAAGAACUGCACUGUCUUUAUCAAUGAUGACUCUGCAUUUGAACCAGAGGAGAAAUUCCAGGUAUAUCUGAGCCACCCUCUUGGAAACCAUUGGAGUGGGGCUACAGUUGGGAAGAACAACGUGGCCACAAUUGUCAUUUCCAAUGAUGAAGAUGCACCCACCAUUGAGUUUGAAGAAGCUGCCUACCAAAUCCGUGAACCUCCUGGGCCCGAGGGUGUUGCUUUCUUAAAUGUCAAAGUAAUCCGGAGGGGAGACCAGAAUAGGACCUCCAAAGUUCGCUGCAGCACCCGCGAUGGAUCAGCCCAGUCCAGCAUUGAUUAUUACCCAAAGAGUCGAGUCCUCAAGUUUAGUCCUGGUGUGGAUCACAUCAUAUUUAAGGUGGAGAUCAUGUCUAAUGAAGACAAGGAGUGGCAUGAGUCCUUCUCACUGGUGUUAGGACCAGAUGAUCCUGUUGAAGCUGUCCUGGGGGAGCUCACCACUACAAUAGUGACCAUUCUUGACCAAGAAGCUGCUGGAAGCCUCAUUUUACCAGCCCCUCCUAUUGUGGUAACACUGUCAGAGUAUGACCAUGUAGAAGAAGAAACUAAAGAAAGUGCAAAGAAGUCUCCCUCUCCAGGUUACCCAUUGAUCUGUGUGACUCCUUGUGAUCCUCACUUUCCCAAAUACUCAGUUAUGAAGGAGCGCUGCAAUGAAGCAGGGAUCAACCAAUCAUCCAUACAGUUCAGCUGGGAAGUGGCAACUCCUACUGAUGGAAAUGGGGCCAGAUCUCCCUUUGAAACAAUUACGGACAACACUCCAUUCACCAGUGUCAAUCACAUGGUGCUGGACAGCAUUUACUUCAGCCGGCGAUUCCACGUGAGGUGUGUGGCCAAAGCUGUGGAUAAGGUUGGCCAUGCAGGCACACCACUGAGAAGCAACAUAGUCACCAUUGGGACAGACAGCGCCAUUUGCCACACACCAGUGGUAUCUGGAACAGCCCGGGGUUUCCAAGCCCAGUCGUUCAUUGCCACAUUGAAGUAUCUGGAUGUCAAACACAAAGAGCACCCCAACAGGAUCCAUAUCUCAGUGCAGAUUCCUCACCAAGAUGGAAUGCUUCCACUCAUCUCUACUAUGCCGCUGCACAACCUGCAUUUCCUCUUGUCAGAAUCUAUCUAUAGGCACCAGCAUGUCUGUUCCAACCUAGUCAGUGUCCAGGAGCUGAAAGGCAUCUCAGAAGCUGGAUUCCUGGAUGAAGUGACCUACAACAGUCUCAUUCUGGGGCCUGGAUAUGACCGGGCAUACCAGUUUGACCCCAACGUGAGAGAGCCAAAGACGAUCCAGCUUUACAAACAUCUGAACCUGAAGAGCUGCAUUUGGACUUUUGAUGCUUACUAUGACAUGACAGAAUUGAUUGAUGUCUGUGGAGGAUCCGUCACUGCAGACUUCCAGGUCAGAGAUUCUGCUCAAUCCUUUCUGACAGUCCAUGUCCCCCUGUAUGUUUCCUACAUUUACGUAACUGCUCCUAGAGGAUGGGCCUCCCUUGAACAUCACACUGAGAUGGAAUUUUCCUUCUUCUAUGACACUGUACUCUGGAGAACAGGUAUUCAGACAGACAGUGUCCUUUCAGCCAGGCUACAGAUCAUAAGGAUCUACAUCCGAGAGGAUGGCCGGCUGGUCAUUGAGUUCAAAACUCACGCCAAGUUCAGAGGACACUUUGUGAUGGAACAUCAUACUCUUCCUGAUGCCAAGUCUUUCAUAAUGACACCCGAUCACCUGGGAGGGAUUGAGUUUGACCUGCAGCUUUUAUGGAGUGGCCAAACUUUUGACUCCCCUUAUCAGCUCUGGAGGGCAACCAGCUCUUACAGCAGGAAGGACUACUCCGGAGAAUACACCAUCUACUUAAUCCCUUGUACAGUGCAGCCUACACAGUCGUGGGUUGAUCCAGGAGACAAGCCUUUACCCUGCACUGCCCAUGCUCCAGAAAAAUUUUUGAUCCCAAUUGCUUUUCAGCAAACUAACCGGCCGGUGCCUGUGGUAUAUUCUCUGAAUACCGAGUUUCAGCUCUGCAAUAAUGAGAAAGUGUUUUUGAUGGACCCAACCAAAUCAGAAAUGUCAAUGGCGGAGAUGGACUACAAAGGAGCAUUUUCAAAAGGUCAAAUCCUAUAUGGCCGAGUCAUGUGGCAUCCUGAACAAAACCUCAACUCAGCCUACAAGCUCCAGCUGGAAAAGGUCUACCUUUGUACUGGAAAGGAUGGCUACGUGCCCUUCUUUGACCCAACAGGAACCAUCUAUAAUGAGGGACCACAAUACGGCUGCAUCCAACCCAGCAAACACCUAAAGCACAGAUUUCUGUUGCUGGACCGGAAUCAACCAGAAGUGACUGACAAAUAUUUCCAUGACGUACCUUUUGAUGCCUGUUUUGCCUCCGAGUUGUCAGAUCUGUACCUGGUCAGCAGCAUGCCUGGAGUGGACGGCUUCACCAUGAAAGUGGAUGCACUCUAUAAGGUGGAAGCUGGGCACCAGUGGUAUCUUCAAGUGAUCUACGUUAUCGGCCCCGAGACCAUUGCAGGCCCCCGGGUGCCACGUUCCCUCAUUCACCAACUGAGGCGCAGCCGCCGGGAUCUUGUGGACCACAGGGGUGUUAUGGCUCUGGAUGACUCCUUGAUCUAUGACAACGAAGGUGAUCAAGUCAAGAAUGGCACCAACAUGAAGUUUCUCAGCUUGGACCGGCAAGAGGCCGUCUCUGCCGCCUCUCUCUCUCAGACGGGGGCUUCGAUUGGCAGCGCCUUUGCCAGCGUCAUGCUGCUCUUCCUUGUGCUUUUGGUCACCUGUUUUGUGACCCGUAAGUGUCGGAAGCACCGGAAAAAGAAAAAGGCUGCGAAAGACAUCCCGGAGCAGUAUCCUCUCAAUACCAAAGUGGAAGCGACCAGGAAAAGCACAGAGAGGGUGGAGAAGAAUAUAAACAGACAGUACUGCACUGUGAAAAACCUCAACAUCCUUUGUGAAAAUGAAGGGACCUACAAGGUCAAGGGGGCAAAGGUUAAGCAGGUGAACUUGGAGGUGAAAGUUCACAACAAUUUACAUGACGGAACAGAAGUUUAAUGGCACGUUUUCAGAGUUGAGUGGUCCCAUCUUUUUAUAAAUUGUAAAAAGGAAAAAAAGGAACUUCUAUACAUUUUUUUAAAAAAACAUCCUGGUUAUUUUUAUAACAAUCUUGUGAGAAAAGGGAAGAUUUUUUUUCCUUUGAGGAAUUUUUUCUUUGCCUGUUUGGUUGCCUGAGAGGUGAGCAAACAGCACAUCUCUGCGUGCUUCCACUCCACAACAGAGCUACCUCGUUGAAAGCGGAUGGCGUGAGGUUCCCGAGAGAAGAAGUGCUGACCUGCACCCCUCCUGUCCCCUUAUAGAGCAGCACUCCUUUCACACAACCUCUGCGGAUCCAAGUCUCUUUUGCUCUCCAUCUGCUGUAUUCUCCAUUUAUUCAGGGGCUGGACAAAAGUGAUAAAGGUGCGGCAUGCAAAUGAGACUUCCUUGGAGAUAGGAGAAAAGCACAAUGUAGUGUGUGGAACAGCAGCUUUCAACACAGAUGGGGUUUCUCAACCAAGGUUCUGAGAAGUAUGGUUUUUUGGGGGAAAGCACAUUAUUUCCGAACUGUAGACAUAUCAUGUAUACUCAUGUAUAAGUCAACCCCAUGUAUUGGUCGAGGGCAGGUUUGGGGGACAAAUUGUGGAUGAUGUAAUUUGUGGCUAAGUUUUGAGGAUCAUUCCAUGGAGACAGAAAAGGGUGAGUGCCUCCUCAGCGGGCCACUCUGCCCUAGCCAGUGGCAUUUUACCACAUGGGUGUUCAAAACUUUACUUACUUUACUUUACUCAUUGUUGGAAUAUGAUGGUCCUCCAAGUGUAGUGUCUUGGCAGUGGGUCCAUAGGUGGCUGUGGAGCCGUAUUCUUGAUCCGCCUGUUCUCCCACAUCGAUUUCCAGGUUGAAGGCACUCCCAGUCAGGGUUGGCUUGAUGCGUCUUCCUCGUGGCACGUUUCUCCCUUUUGCCCUCCAUCUGUGCUUCUUUGAAUUCCACAGCACUACUGGUCACAGCUGACCUCCAGCUAGAGCACUCAAGGGCCAGGGCUUCCCAGUUCUCAGUGUCUAUGCCACAGUUUUUAAGAUUGGCUUUAAGCCCAUCUUUAAAUCUCUUUUCCUAUCCAUCAACAUUAUGUUU